CGCUUGAUUUCUCUCUAAUUAUAAUAGUUUCAAUUCUACUGUUUAUAUAUUUUACGUUAAGUAAUAAUCUCUUUUUUCUUUUAGUUUUUAUGUAUUAUUGAAGAAAAUAUGCCGUACGCUAAUCAACCAUCUGUUAAUAUAUCUGAACUGACCACAGAUUCCAUUAAAUUUCAAAUAGAAGAUACUGAUUUAAGUGUUGCUAACAGUCUGCGUCGAGUAUUUAUUGCUGAAACCCCUACUUUAGCAAUUGAUUGGGUCCAAUUAGAUUCAAAUUCUACUGUAUUAAGUGAUGAGUUUAUAGCUUCCCGUAUUGGUUUAAUACCAUUAACAUCCGACGAAGUAGUCGAUCGUUUACAAUACUCCAGAGAUUGUACUUGUUCAGAUUUCUGUCACGAAUGUAGUGUUGAAUUCAACCUUAAUGUAAAAUGUUCUGAAGAGCAAACGAGACAUGUUACGACUGCUGACUUAAUAAGUAAUAACCCUCGUGUAGUACCUGUUACAUCAAGAAACCAGGAUAGUGAUAUUAAUGAAUAUGGCGAGAAAGAUGAUAUCUUAAUUGUGAAGUUACGUAAGGGACAAGAGCUAAAAAUCCGUGCAUUUGCCAAAAAAGGAUUUGGUAAGGAACAUGCAAAAUGGAAUCCAACUACAGGUGUCAGUUUUGAGUAUGAUCCUGAUAAUACUAUGAGACAUACAUUAUUUCCAAAACCCGAUGAAUGGCCUAAAAGUGAAUACUCUGAAUUAAACGAAGAUCAACAUGAAGGGCCAUAUAAUUGGAGAGCUAAACCUAAUAAAUUCUUUUUUAAUGUUGAAAGUUGUGGGUCACUUAAACCAGAAAACAUUGUUCUCAUGGGAGUAGCAGCUUUAAAAAACAAAUUAUCUAAUCUUCAAACACAAUUCACACAAGAAAUGGAUGCAUUAGCUAUAAAUUAAGUUUUUUAUAAUCUAUACUUAAAGAUAAUUUUAUUGUACACUCUAUGUAACGUUUAUUUUUUUAAUAUAAAAAUAUCCAAGUAUAA